AUGACUGGAGCUAAAGAGAGCGAAUCGGGGAAAAUACGAAAAGAGUAUAGGAAUGAGCAUAAUAGCGUGAUCGAGAAAAACCGAAAGUUUUCAGGGAUUCUAUUGGAAAAAUUAGAUGAUGAUGUCUUAAAUGUAAAUCGAAUAAGGCAAACCAUGGGAGCCACAAUAUCUCAGCAGCAUACAAUCGAGGAAGAAAUCGCAUCUCAUUCCAAAGAUGAUGGUCAUGAUACUUCUGCCGAGGCUGAAGAAAACUGGCAUAUUGCUUCUGAAUACUAUAAGAAUAUAGAUACUAAAGCAUUUCGUCAAUAUGAAUUAGCUUGUGAUCGAGUUAAACAAUUUUAUGAAGAGCAACAUGAAAAACAAACGGUUGCAUAUAAUAUCCAAGCUCGAAUAAAUUUCAAAACUAAAACCAGAGCUAGGAUGUCAAUUUGGGAAGGGCUAGAGAAAUUAAAUAAACUUUUGGAUGAUUCUGAUCCCGAUACGGAAUUAUCCCAAAUAGAUCAUGCAAUUCAAACAGCAGAAGCUAUACGAAGAGAUGGGAAACCAAGAUGGUUUCAGUUAGUUGGUCUAAUUCAUGACUUGGGUAAGUUGUUAUAUUUUUUUGAUUCAAAAGGUCAAUGGGAUGUGGUUGGAGAUACUUUCCCAGUAGGUUGUAAGUUUUCAAAAAGGAUUAUAUUGCCAGAUAGUUUCGCUAAGAAUCCUGAUUUCUUGAAUCCUUUAUAUAAUACCAAGUAUGGUAUUUAUUCAAAACACUGUGGAUUGGACAAAGUUAUGUUAAGUUGGGGACAUGAUGAAUAUAUGUAUCAUGUUGCCAAGAACAAUUCAACAUUACCGAUAGAAGCAUUGGCAAUGAUACGAUAUCACUCAUUUUACCCCUGGCAUCAAGAAUACGCUUACAGUUAUCUAAUGGAUGAACAUGACAAAGAAAUGUUAAAGGCUGUGCAAGCAUUUAACAGUUAUGAUUUGUAUUCAAAGGUUGACCAAACUUAUGAUAUUGACGAGCUAAAACCUUAUUAUUUAGAAUUGAUAGAUGAGUUUUUCCCCAAUAAGAUAAUUGAUUUUUAG